CAACUUGAUACAAUAACCGUUUACUUUGCGAGUGUCAUUUCUCAUCCUAGCCCCCAAGCGUGGGGUCCAAGGCGACAGCGCGUCAAGCCGCGGAAACGUUUUUGCAUACAACACUUUGUAGGGCCGUUCACUUAACUCCUCUAUCUUCAUGUUAUCCUUUUUAAAAUGUCAGAAGGGCAGCAGCAGCGGCCUCAGGAGGGAGCUUUCUCCGAACAUUUCCCCGCAGCAGCCAAUUCCGUCAUACAUCUGGCCGCAGCUGCAGCCCGAGCUUGCGGAUCACAUCAUCAGCUUCCUGCCGCCCAACGAGGUCGCCUGCACCGUGCGACUGAUCAACAAGGCCGCGGCCGCGCAGUUCCGCGGGCCUCGCUACAGCAUAGUGAAGCUUUCGUCCCCCGUGCCGCCCCACGCAUUCAAGGAGCAAUGGGAGCGACCAGGUGCCAUGCGUGGGCUGACGCGCCAGCGGUGGCAGAAGCUGCAGAGGCUUACAGCCCUCAGCGACAGUCUGCCGAACCUCCAGGUGGCAGUUGCCGUCACGAGGGUUCUUGAUAUGCAGAAGUGCGACGAUCGCUUGACCUCCGUUGCCGAGGCAGCGGCCAAAACAGGCCAGCUGGAGAUGUGCCAGUGGCUGGUGCAGCAGCAGGCCCACCCCUUACUACAUGUUGUUAAGGUGGCAGCAGCAGGCGCCGGGCAGCAGGCCAUAUGCGAGUGGUGCCUGGCUGCUGGCUGCCCCUGGAGUGCUGUUGCUGUGUACGCUGCAGCUCGAGGGGGCCAUGUGGGCCUGGUGGAGUGGCUGCUGCAGCAGCGCCCGGCAGAAGAUGCACACGUUGGGGCUGAUGCGCUGAUUGUAGCAGCCGCUGUCGGCUGCGAGCUGCACACCCUGCAGCGCCUGUACCGUGACUGGGUGGGUGAGCAGCCGCCGCCAGAAGACUAUCAGACAGAACGUAUAGUGGAAGCUGCGGCCAGGAGCUCCACACCUGACUGGCAGGACAAGCUAGUAUGGCUGGAGACGCAGGGCUUUCCUGGCUCUGGGGCUUGCCAGGGCGCCGCCUCCUGCCCAGACGCUCUGGAACGAUUGAGAUGGCUGCGAGGGCGGGGCUACCCUCUGGGGCAUGGUGUUGCUCUUGAGGCUGCCCGAACGGGCAACGUGGAGGUGCUUCAGUACGUGCUGUCUGAGGGUAUCGAGCCCAGUGUGGACUGCGGUAGUUGGGCCGCUGGGUCUGGCAGCCUGGGAGCGCUCACCCUGCUGCAUGCCCAUGGCUGCCAUAUGGACUUUGGGACAGUCUGUUCUGCAGCCCAGGGCGGGCACCUGCAUGUGGUGGUCUGGCUGGUGGAGACGCUGGGCGCAGCACUGCAGCUGGGCGCGGAGGUGUUCAGCAGUGCUGCCUCUUCAGGCAACCUGGAGCUGCUGAGGUGGCUGCGUGAGAGGGGCUGCCCCUGGGAUGCCGAUGCCAUUGCAGGAGCUGCGAGGUCAGGCUGUGAAGAGGCACUGGAGUGGCUAGUGGAACAGGGCUGCCCCUGGCCGGACGAUGAUCUCCCAUACGCGGAAGCUAUACGCAACAAUGACCUGGCUACCCUGGACUGCCUGAAGCGGCUGGGCUGCCCCUGGGGCCCGCCUGGACACCUCCUCAAGGAGUGCCUCCGAUACAGCCGUCCUUACAUUGCGGUGCUGAGCUGGCUGCUGGCAGCAGGUUAUCCCAUGACGACGGAGGCGGCGCUGGAGGGCAUGCAGCGGAUAACUGUGUUGUAUGGUGCAGAUGACCUCGAUGUGAGGCGGCUGUGGGGGUGGAUGCAGGAGAACCUGGGCCUGCAGCCGCCCCAGCAGCGCCGCUGAUGAUGAGGUAGCUGGGGAGGCAAGUAAGGAGCGGUGGCAAGUGCUAAGCGCUGUGAGGGUACGGUGCACUCAUGUGUCCGUACUGCUGCCAGUCGUACAUGUAUGCAAGAGGGUUGCAGGUGUAGAUGGAGCGCAAGGGGCUAUCUAUUGCAUCAGGCCUUGGUGCAGUGAAAAGAGAUGACAAGGGCAAGGGGGGGGUUGACAAGGGCCUGCUGCUGUAGGCUUUGGAGGCCAAAAGCUUGGCCACGGUUGGUAUUAGCUGUGUACAUGAGCGGUGUGCACGUCUAUACGCUGCUUUGACAUUGCGUCCGGUUUCCUCUAUCCAUUAAGCGAUGGAGCACAUAUAGUAGCUUGGCAGGCAGCCAUGAGCAUGUGUGAUGCCCCAUUACCGGCAAUUGCCAGAUUACCAUCACAGGGUGUUUCAGCAGGUGGUGGUUGCAGACUAGGGUUUGGAUUGCAUGGGUCACUUGGGUGGUUCCGUGGCUGCACGCGCGGGGAGGCAUUGCUUUGGUAUUGUGGCGGUGCAUGCCCCAGCGCAUCAGCGUGUCAUGCACACUGUUGGUGAUCCAAGGAGGGAACUAGGUGAAAAGGCAUCUACAUGAUGAUGGACGUUGACAUCGGGGUUGGGGGCUGGAAGCAGGGAAGGUAAGAACGGGACCUGGAGACUGCAGUGGAGGACAUAAUCAGAUACCCAUGGAGGUCUGUCCCGUGCUCCUGUGGCCUGCUGUGUCGCUAGCCUUCGCACAUCCGGGCUUUGAGGAUGGGGCGUUGGCCUGUGCAGCAGCGGUGGCAAUAGCCCUAUCUAGAGCUAGCGGCGGGCGGAUGGGGCCUCGGGCGUCCACCGCAGAUCCGGAGGUCAUGCCUGCUCGCAUGCAUGCUCGCUGUUGGCCAGUGCGGGGACUGCAUGGGCGCGCCGGGCUUAGGGCGGGACUUGUAGGCGCCGGUGGUUCAGCAGCGCGAGUAUGCCUGCACAAGUGCACAUGCAAGCGCCGGUAGUUGGACAGUGCGUG